CAGGUCUGGCUCAUCUUGCCUGGCACCAUGACCUUCUCCGAGCUUAUCGACCGCGUGGGCAACAAGGGCCCCUUCCAGUUCCUGAACGUGGUCCUGCUAGGCCUCCCCGUCUUCGGCAUAGCCAACCACAACCUGCUGCAGAUCUUCACGGCUUCCACCCCCCAACACCACUGUCGCCCACCUCCCAACUCCUCCGCAGGGCCCUGGGUGCUCCCCAUGGGCCUGAACGGGAAGCCUGAGACCUGCCUCCGUUUCGUGUAUCCACCCAACGCCAGCCUGCCCAACGACACCCAGGGGGCCACCGAGCCCUGCCUGGAUGGCUGGGCCUACGUCAGCACCAGGGACUCCAUUGUGACUGAGUGGGACUUGGUGUGCAACUCCAACAAACUGAAGGAGAUGGCCCAGUCUGUCUUCAUGGCGGGCAUACUGAUCGGGGGAAUCUUGCUGGGAGACCUGUCUGACAGAUUUGGCCGCAAGCCCAUCCUGAGCUGCUGCUACCUGCUGCUGGCAGCCAGUGGCUCUGGCGCAGCCUUCAGCCCCACCUUCACCUCCUACAUGGUCUUCCGCUUCCUAUGCGGCUUCAGCAUCUCAGGCAUUACCCUGAGCACCGUGAUCUUGAGUGUUGAGUGGAUGUCCACCCAGCUGCGGGCCAUCACAUCGACUACACUUGGUUACUUCUACACCAUUGGCCAGUUCAUUCUGCCCGGUCUGGCCUACGCCAUCCCCCGCUGGCGCUGGCUACAGUUAACCGUAUCCAUUCCCUUCUUCGCCUUCUUCCUGAUGUCCUGGUGGGUACCAGAGUCCUUACGCUGGAUGAUCCUGUCUGGAAAGUCCUCAAAGGCCCUGAAGGUACUCCGGCAGGUGGCUACCUUCAAUGGCAGGAAGGAGGAAGGAGAAAAACUCAGCGUGGAGGAGCUCGAACUCAACAUGCAGAAGGAGAUCGCCUUGGCCAAGGUCAAGUACAGCAAAGUUGUCCUCUUCCGGACUCCCAUCCUGCGCCGUGUGACCUUCUGUCUCUCCCUGGCCUGGUUUGCCACCGGUUUUGCCUACUACAGUUUGGCUAUGGGUGUGGAAGAUUUUGGAGUCAACCUCUACGUCCUCCAGCUCAUCUUUGGUGGGGUCGACAUCCCAGCCAAGCUCAUCACCUUGGCCUCCCUAAGCUAUCUGGGCCGGCACUACACCCAGUCCAUUACUCUGCUCCUGGCGGGAGGGUCCAUUCUGGCUCUCCUCUUUGUGCCCUUGGACUUGGGGACCCUGAGGACAGUACUGGCUGUGUUUGGGAAGGGAUGCCUGUCCAGCUCCUUCAGCUGCCUCUUCCUCUACACAAGCGAGCUAUAUCCCACCGUCAUCCGGCAAACAGGCAUGGGCGUAAGUAACAUGUGGACCCGCGUGGGAAGCAUGACGGCCCCACUGGUGAAAAUCACGGGGGAGGUGCAGCCCUUCAUCCCCAAUGUCAUCUUCGGGACCACCGCCCUUCUGGGAGGCAGUGCCGCCCUCUUCCUACCAGAGACCCUCAAUCGGCCCUUGCCAGAUACCAUCGAAGACUUGGAAAGCUGGUCCCUGCUAGCAAAGGACCCAAAGCAGGAGCUGGAAGCAGAAAAAGCAUCCCAGAUGAUCCCCCUGAAGCCUUGUGGACCGGACCUGGGCCCCAGUUGAGGGCAACAGAACCCCCUUUCCCUGCUUUCCAGAGACUAAUCUCAGCCAUGUCCCUGCCUGC